AUGAACGCCCAAGAACUCUCCCAGUACCUGGCCGAUGCCCCGCCUUCGGUCGUCAGGCUCGAGGUCGAGAAGCACUUUGACGCCCUGGCAGACAAGCAGAAGCGCUACGCCCACUUUAUCAGCAAAGCUUCCUUUGCUGGUAACCGCAUCGUUCUGCGCCAGGUCUCUCCCGAGUCUGAGCCCAUCUAUGACUUCAUCAUUGCUCUGCACAAGGCUUCCGGAGGUGACUGGAAGGGUCUGGCCGAGAAGGCCGGCGUUGAUGAAGCCGGCUUGAAUGCCUUCCUCCAGUAUGCUGCCCAGUUCCUCGGCAACAGCGGAAACUACAAGAGCUUUGGUGACUCCAAGUUCAUCCCACGCUGCGAUGAGAAGGUCUUUGCUUCCUUGGCUUCAACUUCUCCCGAGGCCGAGAAGCACUACAAGGCUACCAACGGUGCCAUCUUCUCGACCGACAAGCCCGGUCUUCUGCACCUUGGCUUCACUGACGAGGGUCACCUCACCACUUACUACCCUGACUCUCCUGGCAUUACCAAGGAUGAGAUUGACGCUGUUGCCAAGUGGAUGCAGAAGACCGGUUUGCUCCCUGAGAACACCAGGUUGCGUAAGACCAAGGACGGUGUCUUUGAGCUUUUGAUUGCCUCCGCCGUUACUUCCAUCCCCAGCGAGGGUGGUGACAUUGGCAAGGAUACCGAGUACAAGGUUACCGAGGGCCCUCUUGAGGGCAAGACCAUCAAUUUGGUCUAUGGCGACUAUGCGGCCGAGAUGAAGGCCAUUACCGAGUACACCAAGAAGGCGGCUGAAAACGCCGAGAAUGAGACUCAACAAAAGAUGCAUACCGCUUAUGCCAAGUCCUUUGAGGAGGGUUCUCUUGAGGCCUUCAAGGACUCCCAGAGAUACUGGAUCCGCGACCAAGGUCCCAUGGUGGAGUGCAACAUUGGCUUCAUCGAGACCUACCGCGACCCGGCCGGUGUUCGUGGCGAGUGGGAGGGUUUCGCUGCCGUUGUUAACCAGGAGAGGACACGUGCUUUUGGAGAGCUGGUUAGGUCUGCGCCCAGCUUGAUUCCCCUGUUGCCGUGGUCGAAGGAGUUCGAGAAGGACAAGUUCCUCUCUCCUGAUUUCACCUCUCUCGAAGUUUUGACCUUCUGCGGAUCUGGGAUCCCUGCUGGUAUCAACAUCCCCAACUAUGACGAUAUCAGGCAACAGGAAGGCUUCAAGAACGUCAGCUUGGGUAAUGUCUUGAGCGCCAAGGCCCCUGAUGAGAAGAUUCCCUUCAUCGCCGAUAGUGAUCUCGAGAUUUACAAGAAGUAUCGUGACGCCGCCUUUGAGGUCCAGGUUGGCCUUCACGAGCUUACUGGCCAUGGCUGUGGCAAGCUUUUGCAGGAGACCUCUCCUGGAGAGUAUAACUUCGACCAUACUAACCCGCCCAUUAGCCCCUUGACUGGUAAGCCCGUGACGACCUGGUACAAGCCCGGUCAGACAUGGGGUUCCGUGUUCGGUGGUCUUGCUGGCGCUUACGAAGAAUGCCGUGCUGAGCUCGUUGCCAUGCACCUGAGCUGCGAGUUUCAAGCUCUCAAGAUCUUUGGUUUCGGUGACGGAACCACUGAUAUGGAUGGCGAGGCUGGUGAUGUUCUGUAUGCGUCCUACCUCAGCAUGGCACGCGCUGGCCUCUGCUCGGUCGAGUUUUGGGAUCCCAAGAGCCAGAAGUGGGGACAGCCUCAUUGCCAGGCUCGCUUCGCCAUUCUCAAGGCCUUCCUUGAGGCCGAGGAUGACUUCUGCAAGCUUGAUUAUAAGAAGGAGGACCUCUCCGAUCUGGAGAUCAAGCUUGAUCGCUCCAAGAUUCUGACCGCCGGUAGAAAGGCUGUGGGAGACAUGCUCCAAAAGAUCCACAUCUACAAGUCGACCGCUGAUGUUGAGGUCGGUACCAAGUUCUUCACUGAUAUGUCCGGCGUCGGCUUGGAAUACUGGGGCACCAAGGUUCGCGAUGUCGUCCUGAAGAACAAGCAGCCCAGAAAGGUGUUCGUCCAGGCCAACACUUAUCUUGACGAGGCCACUGGCAAGGUCACGCUCAAGCACUACGAUGCCACCCCUGAGGGGUAUCAUUCAGAGCUGGGCGGAUAG